AUGAACCGCUCCCGUAUGGACGAGAGCCACGAGAACUCAGCCCCCGAACAGCCUUCGCGUGCGACGGCGCCCACCUCCCAGACCAAAGAAACCCUAGAGCGUCGCGCCAGCGGCCUCCCCCGAGCACACGGCAAGAACAACCUCUUCGACAGGGACGUACGCAUUCCAGGACGCUACCCCUCCCUCGGCCACACCGAUAGUGUACAGCAGCCACUGGACAUUUCCGACGACUCUGACGACGAGCUUCCGACCACAAUCACUACGCGCAAGAAGGGCGUGGCCUUCAUAGACCAUCGCGCCGACUUGAGCAGCCCAUUGGGCAUACGCUACCCAUUAAUGAGCGAGCAACGCCGCUACUCGCGCCAGUCUCAGGCCGAAGUCGACACUGAUUAUUUUUCUGAAGCGUGGCUCUCACCUGGACCUGCCGCGUCCUUAGAACCCCUAGUUGAACACGCCUACGAGCGUGCGCAAUUCGAGCGACAGCCCUCUACGUCCUACGUCAUUCCUCGCGAGGAUAACGUGACCACCUUCGACCUCUGGGAGAACGAUGCGCAAGGCAACCCCCAACGCAAAGAUUCUCUCCACACUACGCCUAUCGGACAUACGAAUAAUGACCAGUCUAAGGCGUUGAACAGACUAUAUGAUCAAAUCCGCGAUAUGUGGAGAGACCUCGGCAACGAGCGCAAACACAGCGAUCAGUUAGGCGAACAGCUUCUCGCAAGAGACAAGGUCAUCGAAAACCUCCACAGCAAGGAUCAAGAAACCCAAGAUAUCCUUGAGGGUUACAAGGGCGACGUCGCUGACACACAGGCUGUCCUUAAGAACUGCCAGGACCAACUUCAGUCUUCCGUCGCUACAGUUGCACGCCUAACCGAGGAGCUCCGCGACGCGCGCGGAAGCGCUCACGAAGACUACCAGCAGGCCCAGAACCAGGCAGAGAACCUCGCCGCCCGCAAAUCGGCCUACAAGGACAAAUACCGACAGGAGCACGACGCCCACCGAGCCACAUUAGAGAAUAUGAAGAAACUCCAGGCUAAGCUAAAACAGGCUACAGCCAAGGUUUCUAGGUCAGCCAGGCGCGGCCACACAGGCCCUUCCCCCCCAGACUCAUCGGACUCUGAAGGCGACGAUGCCAACAGUCCUCUACCAGCCCUCUCUCGCCAAGGUCAGCGCGGCACUCAGUCUACGAAAAAUCGAUACUCCGAUGACGAAGACCUCACCUACCUUGACUUCUGUCAAACCCUUCGUCUCCUCGAACAGUCCAACCCACAACGAGCCACUACAACUGGCAACCGUAGAGGAAAUCAGAGUUUAGAAGGUGGCGGGGGCGGCGGAGCAGGCGGCAAUAAGUCCACUCCCUCUAACGGACCCCGGAACGGUGGAUCCAGCUCGGGAUCUGGCCCCCGUGGCCGCUCUGACAUCCAGGUCAAGGUCCUCCGUCACUUAAAUCGUUGUUUCAACUGUCUUAAGAAGAAUCACACCUUUAAGGCUACAGGAGGUUACUGCUCUAAGGAGCCGGUCGCCUCUUUUGACUCGUACCCCGAAGUUCAGGACGCUCUUGAGAAGGCUAUUGCUAACAAUGGCGUACCCGUCGGAGAGCCAGCCCGCCCUAAGGUCAAGGGCGCCGCAGCUAGCGUCACCUCCACCUCUCCCCAACCUUCGGAAAAUGCUUAG